AGCUACUAUGGAUUUUUAUGCCAGGACCCUAAGAAGCACGUUGAAAUGUUUACGGUUGAAACGCUGUUUGCUGGCGAUUCAGUUAAGUGUCAAAUAACCUACGACUGUAAAAUUAAGUACUGACUUUAUAACGGUACUACACCAAGUGAGCAACAAGCUAAGCCUCCGGAUAAAGCAGCUAAUAAUGAAAACGUCUGUGAGGUACUAAUUUACCUAGCUAACACAUUUCAGUUAGCUGUCGGUAACUUUGGAGGAAACUUUUCAGCCUCGAUAUUUAAACAAACAUGGCUAGUCCAAUGGUAGUUCCUGUGAUUGAUGUCCAGAAUGAUAACUUUAAAGAGCUUUGGCCUGCUAUGGUAGUGGCCAUUAAGACGUCGUCCUUCGUAGCUCUUGACACAGAGCUGAGUGGUCUUGGAAACAGGAAGGCCUUGCUGGCUGAAUCUAUAGAGGACAGAUAUAAAGCAAUAUGCCACGCAGCUCGCUCUCGCUCCAUUCUCUCUUUGGGAUUCGCCUGCUUUAAGAAACAGGACCAGACGGAUGCAGACACAUACCUGGUCCAGGUGUACAACCUCACCCUGCUCUGUUCAGAGGAGUACAUCAUAGAGCCCCAGUCAGUUCAGUUCCUGGUGCAGCACGGGUUUGAUUUUAACAAGCAGUACGGACACGGGAUCCCUUACUGCAAGGGCAAUAAUAAGGGAGGAUCAGAUGACCGUGGUGUCCACAUCCGAGCGUUGUUCACUGAACUGCUGCGAGCCAGAAAACCUCUGGUGCUCCACAACGGCCUCAUCGACAUGGCUUUUCUUUACCAGUGUUUUUAUGCUCAUCUGCCUGAGCGCCUGGCCACCUUCACCGCUGACCUGUCUGAGAUGUUUCCUGCUGGUAUUUAUGACACCAAGUACGUCACUGAAUUUGAGCUCCGACUCACUGCCUCCUAUCUGGAGUACGCCUUUAAGAAAUGUAAGCUGGAUAACAGUCGCCGUUUGACCUCUGGAGCACCUGGACCUCAUGUUCACAUUGAGUUCUGUCAGUAUGCUGGUCACAUGUCUACCUAUGUGGACUAUAAAGAGUGUCCAGAUGUGGCCUCCUCUGAGGGACAGACUGAAAUCUGCCAACGCUUCUCUGCAUUUGGUUGGUGUCCCAAUGGUACUCAGUGUCCAUUCUCCCAUGACACGGACCUAAUAAUUCUUCAGGAUGAGAAAGGAAAGGAGGACAAAAGGAAAAGGAGGAAGAGACAGAGAGAUAAGAGGAAAUCAGGAGGUGGAGAGCUGACAGAGGGCUCCUCCAUCUUUCAUGCAGCCCCCCAAAACAAGAUACCCCAUAUGGAAAUGGACCAAGAAGAAACAUCAGGCGACCACCAAGAGAAAACUGCCGAGUCGCUCCCUGACAGUGUGACUGAAGGAGAAAGUAUGGAAGCUGAUAAUGAGGAGAACAAAACGUGCAAAGACAAUUCAGACUCGAGAAACUCUGCACCAAGUGAUGACGGCUCAAACGCCAAAAAUGGUGCAGAAAGCAGAGCAGGAGAAGCAGCAAGAGAAAAGUUUACGGACGCUCAGAAGAAGAAGGUUGACGCAGGAACUCACCGGGCAGGAUUUGAUGCCUUUAUGACCGGACACAUCUUUGCCUGCUCUUGUACGCUCACCAAGAAAGAAGAAGCAGCAGCAGAGGAGAAGGAGCAGAAGGUGGACGAGCAGUCUUGGCUUCCCACCUGCCUGAAUAAAGUCUAUCUCAGCGGCAAAGCGGCUCCUCUGAACGUGGUUAAAAGCACCUUCUCCAAGUCGUCCAAGGCCCACACGCAGAAGAUGGAGAUGGUGUGGGGUGGAAGAAUGUAGGUUGGACAGAAGAGCAGCAACAGUUAAUAGAAAUGCAGGUUCAAAAUUUAGUUUUUAGCCAGACUGACAACAUGGCAACAGACUGAACAACUUUGAAAUGGAUUGCUGUGAAAUUCUGGCAUUCAUGUCACCAGCGAGUGAAUCAAAGUGAUGCUGGUGGUCAACUUACUUUAAAUCUGGUUAAACAUGACGUUUACAUUUGUGUUUUGUUUUUUUUAAUCUCUUGGUUAGAUUUCUGUAAAAGUAUGUCUUGAGCCACACCGGGAUCCCUUGUAAUAGCUUGAGUAGACCUUUCAUAUUUCCUCCAUUUCUUUGGUUAAUGACCAAAUUCCUGCAGAGCUAAAUGUCCUCAACCCAGCCUCACCUUUCGUUUGUGUUAAUUCAAUGCCAGCAUGCUAUCUGCUAAGCUAAGAUGUCAAACAUGCUGUGCAAAAAAUUAGACCGUCAUUGUGAGCAUAUUAGCAUGCUGAAGUUAGCAUGUAGCUGAAAACUCUGCAGUGGUAUGAUUUGUUAAUUAUUGAAAUAAAAUUAUUCCACAGUGACUUCUGUAAUUAGGUUGUAGUUGAGGUAAUAUUUUCACUUAAAGAGCCAAUAUUUGAUAGUUUUCAGUCUUUAAUGUAAGAAUAGGUUACUUUUGUAGAGCUAGCUGAAUAGAAAUCCUGAUAUUUUGGGUAUUUGGACUGUUUGUCGGAGCCCUGAUGAUGCCACUUGGUGCCAUAGAGUAAUAUUUACUGUCACAUUGUUUUUAUACAGCAGUUCUCUGAGUGGUUUUUGCCUCAUUGAUCAAACUGUAAUAAUUGACAGGAGAAUUAUUACUGGCUUCAAUGACUUACAAUUAUAAAUUCAGCGAUAAAUUGCAAUGCAGAGGCAUCCCUUUUUACUCAACUGCUGUUACACUGGAAGCGAGGUGACUUUUGAUAGCCGUUCGUAGACAUAUGACCUGUUUCUUCUGGAAAGUAAACAAAAGCUCUUCAACAA